AUGAAGGGAUGGUUCGACGCGUUCCGCAUCGACGGAGGACCGACGUUGUAUAGUUAUAGUAAUCGAACGCCUGUCACAGGAGAUGUUCCUCUUGUGAUCGUGUUCGUGAUAUUCGGUACCAUUUUCACCGCUUUCUUGGUCAUAUUUCCUGGGAUACGAAAGGAGAGACUUAGCACGUUUCUCACGGUGACCCUGAGCCUUUUCGUUGGAGCCUCGAUUCAAGUGGCUCAGUAUGGCUCCUCUUGGCAUACAAGUUCUGCGACUAUCGUCAGCACGUACAGUGCAUUCUCUGGACAGAAAACUGCCGCUGAAAUCGGCGGAUACAUUGGUCUGAUGCAUAUAAACAUCACGUAUAGACUGUUGCCAAGCAGCGAGCAUCCAAUGGACGACGUAGAGUAUAAUGAAAGAUUCUGGUGGAGGAGCACAGGAGAGAUGACGAGUGCCUUUAAACAGGCAUUGAAUCAAGGAGCACCGUUUCCUAUAGUUUCUUUAGCAGAAUACUUUAGUCUUCAUCAAGAGGGUUUUUCGUGGGGAAGCAAGUAUCGUCAAGCUGGCUAUUACGCGUCGCUCAUGCUCUGGACGUCUUUCGCCUCUUGGAUCAUGAUGAACCUAUUAUUAAUAGUGGUGCCAAGGUACGGCGCAUACGGCAUGAUUUUCACCGGCCUUUGUAUGCUGCUGACGAAUUUAGUCUACUGGGCACUUUUACCUUGUGAACCACUCAUAGCACACAUAGACGGUUCCAUUCUUGCUUUCAAUUUAGGCUGGAAUUACUGGCUGGUUCUAUUGUCUGGUAUUGGAUGCAUGUUCGCUGGAAUGGUGAUAACAGCAAUCGACAUGAUUUUUCCACAUCAGUUUUCAACGAUACUUGAGGUUGAUUAUGAUACACCGUACGACAGGCAUGUGAUCAUUGAGGAGAGCUUCGAUACAAGAAACAUCAGACGGAGACUACCAAAAAUCGAAGAUUCAUUUGGUGAUCGUAUAAUAAGUCAAUUGUCUUCGAAGUUGCAGAGCAGACAUGAUACCAAGGAGGACACGCAAGGUGUGAUAAACCGAGGGUACACCUCACAUGAGUCUUCAGAGUUUCAGCAUGGGUCUAACGAAGACUCGACGAAGAACAACUGGUCCUAUCCAUUUCCAUCCUCUUCACGUAGAACUAUCAAUGGUUGA